GCAGAUUUGCAAUGAUAUGGUGAACCCAAAGGCUGGAACCGAAGUGAUUUUCUUAGCUCUUUAGUUUGAACGACAGUGAGCUGUCUACCACCACCCAGUAUGGCUAAAAGUGCAGAGGUCAAGUUGGCAAUAUUCGGAAGAGCAGGCGUGGGAAAGUCAGCUCUUGUAGUGAGAUUUCUGACCAAGCGGUUCAUCUGGGAGUACGAUCCCACCCUUGAAUCAACCUACCGCCACCAAGCAACCAUCGAUGAUGAAGUUGUCGCCAUGGAGAUACUAGAUACUGCUGGUCAGGAAGACACCAUUCAGAGGGAAGGACACAUGCGAUGGGGGGAAGGCUUCGUGCUGGUCUAUGACAUCACUGACCGAGGAAGUUUUGAGGAAAUGCUGCCACUUAAGAACAUUCUGGACGAGAUCAAAAAGCCCAAGAAUGUGACUCUCAUCUUGGUGGGAAACAAAGCUGACUUGGACCACUCCAGACAGGUUAGUACAGAAGAAGGGGAGAAGCUGGCCACGGAAUUGGCGUGUGCUUUUUAUGAGUGUUCCGCCUGCACCGGGGAAGGGAACAUCACGGAGAUAUUCUACGAGCUGUGUCGAGAGGUGCGUCGCCGGAGGAUGGUCCAGGGCAAGACAAGGCGACGCAGCUCCACCACGCACGUCAAGCAGGCCAUCAACAAGAUGCUCACCAAAAUCAGUAGUUAGGCGGCUCCAUGCUUGCCAAGGCCCUACCGAGGUGGGUCGGGUCAUUGGAAACACUUUCUUGCCCCUUUGCCUUUUAUAUCCCCCCUCCCCCAAAUAAAAGAAAAUACUCCAGCCCUUGUUCUGACUCUGGGAAAUGUCUGAGCUCCCCCCUUGUUCCCAGCUUCCUGUAUGCUGAGAAGUUAUCGAGUGUUUUGUGCAAUUUCAGUGCUGAGAGUUACUCCCUUCCCUGCUUGAAUAAGGUACACUUUAUUGCAGUUUCAACAUGUAAUCACCAGAGAUUCUGAAAUGGCUGGGUUCAUAUAAAGCUAUUUUUAGGCAUCUUCACUUUGCUUCUGUAGGUUGAAUUCUUUUCAAAGGCUUUUUUAAAAAUUCCAUUUCUUGUCAAAGUCUACAAAUGAUCACCUUAGAAGUUCAAGAUAAUAGAAAAUACAGUACAAAUGCAGGAAGAGUAGCUAAAAUAUUGGAGCAGAAAGGAGCGUCCUAGUUCCUAUUUGAAGCAAGGGUUUUCUGAAUUAUCUUAAAUUAUCUAGUUUUUCUUUAACCCUUAUUUUGUUCCUAGAUUCAAGCAUGUUCUCACAAGGUUUUCCAUUGUGGAAUAGAGAAUUCCAUUUCAAUUUGAGUUGGUUCUCUCAAUGAUCUUUUUAUUGAUCAUCUCACCCUAAUUCUUCCUCUGUAACUCCAACAAGAUUCCCUUAGAGGCAGCAGGACCCCUCAGUUCAGAACUGAAUAGCCCCUUUCCCACCAAGACACUGGGAAUCUUUUCAUCAAACCCUAACAGAGGGUUUAGAAUUAGAGAUGUCUGAUUCGUUUCUCUCUCUGCCUAUCAUCUUAGCAGAAAAACAAGUCUGAAAAGCAGGAAAAUUAAGAAUUAAGCUAAACUACCCUUAUGUUGGGGAUCCCAAGGCUCUAUGCCAGACACAGUAAGAAAAAUUAGCCUCUGAUUCAUUAAGGUGGUUACGUGAAGUCAUGUAAUACAGGGUGGGG